AUGGCUGUUUUCACUUCGCGAACUACGCGCCCUCCAAGCUCUUUGAAUCGGCUUGUCAGGAAGCACCCAAGUCUUUUUGGCGUUCCUUUCGUGUUGAUCAUGGUUGCUGCAUCGUUUGGACUCACAACGUUCACUCAGACGAGGUACGAUCUACACGACAAGAAAGUCAAGAACGUCUCGAAGGAGCAGGAGUUGAAGCUGGAUCAAAAUCGAAAGAAGUUCGAUAUUCGAGAAGAGUAUUACCGACUGAGCAUGGCGACAGAUGAUAGUUGGGAGCAGAAACGAAUCGCACGUCCAAAGGGCCUUCCAGAGUGGGGUGUACCUCCUACGGAACCACCACCGAAAUCGGGAUAA